UAACCAGCACCCCUAACCAGCACCGCCACCACCUCGUCGUUCUUCUCCCUGUCGAACCGGAGCUCGGGGAGCGGGAGUGCGCGCGGUACGGUUCGGCCCUUCGGAUGCUCGGCGGCGCGGGGAAGAAGCUGCUCCUGCCGCUGCUGCUGCUGCUGCGGAUAUCCGCCUCUCACCUGCCUCCUGAACACGGGCUCGUCGUGUCUCCUCUCCCCCCCGGUGGCGUGAAAGCCAGAUAGACAGACACACAGAGAGAGCGAGAGAAGAAAAGACUGGUCGCGGUUUCGUAACGCUCUGCACCGGUGCUAGCAGCAGCAGCAGCAGCGACGGAGGGGAUUCGUCAUUUUUCUCUCUCCCCACAGAGGAUGCGGAUUUAACGGAGAAACGUUAUCAGCGUCACCUGGGAUUUUUUUUUUUUUUUUAACCGUUAAAAUUCGAAUUAGCUUCGGUCGGUGGCGGAGGAAGAUUUUUUAAUUUUUUUUUUUACACCACAGCGACAGGCUUUUUUUCUUCCAGAAGACAAACCAAGAGGUUGAAUGUGUUUUCCUCCAGCUUGGACACCAUGAGUACCAUCUCACCGACAGACUUUGACAGCUUGGAGAUCCAGCAGCAGUAUAAUGACAUCAACAACCGCUGGGAUCUGGCAGCAGAGACUGACUGGGAUAAUGAGAACAGUUCAGCACGCCUCUUUGAGCGCUCGCGAAUCAAGGCUCUCGCAGAUGAGCGUGAAGCGGUUCAGAAGAAGACCUUUACCAAAUGGGUGAACUCUCACUUAGGCCGAGUGACCUGUCGCAUUGGUGAUUUGUACACCGACCUACGCGAUGGCCGUAUGCUAAUCCGCCUUCUGGAAGUGCUCUCAGGAGAACAGCUGCCAAAGCCCACCAAGGGACGCAUGCGUAUCCACUGCCUGGAGAAUGUUGAUAAAGCCCUGCAGUUUCUCAAGGAGCAAAAAGUCCAUCUAGAAAACAUGGGCUCCCAUGACAUUGUGGACGGGAAUCACCGCCUCACACUGGGUCUCAUCUGGACCAUUAUCCUUCGCUUCCAGAUCCAGGACAUCAGUGUGGAGACGGAAGACAACAAGGAGAAAAAGUCAGCUAAAGAUGCCCUGCUACUUUGGUGCCAAAUGAAAACUGCUGGAUAUCCCAACGUCAACAUCCACAACUUCACUACCAGCUGGCGAGAUGGUCUGGCGUUCAAUGCCAUCGUGCACAAACACAGAUCUGACCUGAUUGAGUUUGACAACCUGAAGAGAUCCAAUGCUCACUACAAUCUUCAGAAUGCUUUCAAUGUGGCUGAGAAGGAACUGGGACUUACCAAGCUGCUGGACCCAGAAGAUGUCAAUGUUGAUCAGCCUGAUGAAAAGUCCAUCAUUACCUAUGUGGCCACCUACUAUCAUUACUUCUCCAAGAUGAAGGCCCUGGCAGUGGAGGGCAAAAGAAUUGGCAAGGUGCUGGACUAUGCGAUUGAGGCUGACCAGCUGAUAGAGAAGUAUGAAAGCCUGGCUUCAGAGCUGCUGCAGUGGAUUGAGCAGACCAUAGGGACACUCAAUGACAGGCAGCUAGCUAACUCACUGAAUGCUGUGCAGAACCAGCUUCAGGCUUUUAACUCCUACCGGACUGUGGAGAAACCCCCCAAAUUUACAGAGAAAGGAAACUUGGAGAUUCUUCUCUUUACCAUCCAAAGCAAGAUGCGUGCAAACAACCAGAAAGUCUAUAUGCCAAGAGAGGGCAAACUUAUCUCGGACAUCAACAAGGCAUGGGAGCGACUGGAAAAGGCAGAGCAUGAACGUGAGCUGGCGCUGCGAAAUGAGUUGAUUCGACAGGAGAAGCUGGAGAUGCUCGCUGCUCGUUUUGACCGCAAAGCAGCUAUGAGGGAGACAUGGCUGAGUGAGAACCAGAGGCUGGUGUCUCAGGACAACUUUGGAACUGAUUUGGGAGCGGUGGAAGCUGCCACCCGUAAACACGAGGCCAUUGAGACAGACAUUGGGGCAUAUUGGGAGCGUGUGGCUGCUGUGGAGGCUGUUGCAAAAGAGCUGGAAGCAGAGGGAUACCAUGAUGUGCGGCGUGUAAUUGCUCGAAGGGAUAAUGUGCUUCGACUCUGGGAAUAUCUGAAAGAGCUUCUGGUUGCACGCAGAGAGCGGCUGAAUGCCCACCGUGACCUACAGAGGCUGUUCCAGGAGAUGCGCUACAUCAUGGACUGGAUGGCAGAUAUGAAGAGUCGUCUGCAGUCUCAGGACAGUGGCAAACAUUUGCAUGAUGUGUUGGACCUUCUUCAGAAACACACUUUGGUAGAGGCUGACAUUUCAGCUCAGGCAGAGAGGAUCAAGGCAGUGCAGGGAGCAGCACAGCGCUUCACUUCCUAUGAACAGGCCUACAAACCAUGUGAGCCAGGACUAGUUAGUGAAAAGGUUGACCUGCUGGGUCAAGCCUACGAGGAGCUUGGUCAGCUUGCCUGCAAACGCACAGAGCGGUUGGAGGACUCUCGCCGUCUGUGGCAGUUCAUGUGGGAUGUCGGAGAGGAGGCAGCCUGGAUCCGAGAGCAGGAGCAGAUCCUGGCUAGUGGAGACUGUGGGCGUGACCUCACUUCUGCUCUUCACCUGCUCAGUAAACAUGAGGCUUUCAGAGAUGAGAUGGCUGCCCGCUAUGGUCCCCUGAGUAACAGCAUUGCUGCCGGGGAAGCUUUGGUUAACGAGGGACACUUUGGAGCCCCAGAGGUCACAGAGAGGAUUGAAGACAUCCGUUCACAGUGGGCACAUCUUGAGGAGACAACUAAGCUGAGAGAGCAGAGACUCAAGGAAGCUGUGGCCCUGCAUCAGUUCCAAACAGAUGCCAGUGACAUGGAGGCCUGGAUCUUGGAGACACUUAGACAGGUGUCAAGUCAGGAGUUGGGCCACGAUGAGUUCUCCACUCAAACUAUAGCUCGCAAACAGAGGGAGAUAGAUGAGGAGAUCCAAAGCCACCGCCCCGUCAUCGACUCCUUGCAAGAGCAGGUUCAAGCACUACCGCAGGCCUAUAUACAAUCCCCUCAGGUGGAUGGCCGCCUACCUGCUAUUGAACAGCGUUAUGAAGAACUGGAGACUCUGUCAGUAGCUCGGCGGCAGGCUCUGGAAGGUGCCCUGGCUCUUUACCGCAUGUUCAGUGAAGCAGGCGCCUGCCAGCUCUGGGUGGAAGAAAAGGAGCAGUGGUUAGACAGCAUGGAGAUCCCAACCAAACUGGAAGACUUGGAGGUGGUGCAGCAGAGAUUUGAGACUCUUGAACCUGAGAUGAAUAAUCUAGGCACUCGAGUCACUGAUGUUAAUCAGGUGGCAGAGCAGCUGCUGAGCUCUGACAACUGUAGUAAAGACCAAAUCCACCAGACACAAGACCAACUCAACAACAGAUGGACAGAGUUUGAACAACUGGCUGGUCAAAAGAAACAUGCCCUAGAGUCUGCCCUCAACAUCCAGAACUACCACCUGGAGUGUAAUGAGAUCCAGUCUUGGAUGAAGGAAAAGACCAAGGUGAUUGAAUCCACUCAGAGUCUGGGCAAUGACCUGGCUGGAGUGAUGGCACUGCAACGCAAACUCACCGGCAUGGAGAGGGACCUGGAGGCCAUUCAGGGCAAAUUGGAUGACCUAAGAAACGAGGCAGAAAAGCUGGCCAUGGAACAUCCAGAUCAGGCAGGAGAGAUCCAAGGCCGCCUGGCUGGGAUUCAAGAGGUGUGGGAGGAGUUGAACGCGACCAUGAAGCGACGUGAGGAAUCACUGGGUGAAGCCAGCAAGCUGCAGGGCUUCCUCAGGGAUCUGGAUGAUUUCCAGUCCUGGUUGUCCCGCACCCAGACAGCCGUGGCCUCAGAGGACAUUCCCACUUCUCUGCCUGAGGCUGAGAGUUUACUAGCCCAGCAUGAGAAUAUAAAGAAUGAGGUGGAUAACUAUAAGGAGGACUAUGAGAAGAUGCGUGCAGUCGGUGAGGAGGUCACCCAAGGUCAGACAGAUGCCCAGUACAUGUUCUUGGCUCAGAGGCUCCAGGCACUGGAUACUGGCUGGCAUGAGUUGCGUCGCAUGUGGGAGAACCGCCACAGUCUUCUGGCCCAAGCCUUCGACUUCCAGACUUUCCUAAGAGAUGCAAAGCAGGCGGAAGCUUUCCUGAACAGCCAGGAGUAUGUGCUGUCACAUACAGAGAUGCCUUCCAGUCUUCAGGGAGCAGAAGAGGCCAUUAAGAAGCAUGAGGAUUUCCUCACUACCGCAGAGGCCAGUGAGGAGAAGAUAACUGGUGUAGUGGAGAACGGACGGCGCCUCAUGAAUGACUCUAAUGCAAACUCUGAUAAGAUCCAGGAAAAAGUUGAUUCUGUCCAGGAAAGGCAUUUUAAGAAUAAGGAGGCUGCAAAUGAAUUGUUGACGAAGCUUAAGGACAACCGUGAACUUCAACACUUCCUCCAAGAUGGGCAAGAGCUCACAUUGUGGAUCAAUGAGAAGAUGCUGACCGCACAGGACAUGUCUUAUGAUGAGGCCAGAAAUCUUCACAGCAAGUGGCAGAAGCACCAGGCCUUCAUGGCAGAGCUGGCCUCUAACAAAGACUGGCUGGACAAAAUUGACAAGGAGGGUCAGGCUCUGGUGGCAGAGAAGCCUGAGCUGAAACCUGUUGUCCAGCAGACCCUGGAGGACCUACAGCGUCAGUGGGAGGAGCUGGAAGGCACCACACGCACCAAGGCCCAGUGUUUGUUCGAUGCUAACAGGGCUGAGCUCUUUACACAGAGCUGCUCCGCUCUAGAUGUCUGGCUGAAGAACCUCGAGGGUCAGCUGCAUAAUGACGAAUAUGGCAAAGAUUUGACCAGUGUCAACAUCUUGCUCAAGAAGCACCAGAUGGUGGAGCACCAGAUGGAGGUCAGAGAGAAGGAGGUGCAGUCCCUGCAGUCUCAGGCUCUAGCGCUGUCCCAGGAGGACGCUGGACUAGCAGAGGUAGAUGGUCAGCAAAGGCGUGUCACUGACAACUUCUCAAACCUCCAGGAGCCUCUCAAACUGAGGAGACAGAGACUACUCGCCUCCAAAGAAGCACAUCAGUUCAACAGAGAUUUGGAAGAUGAAAUUCUAUGGGUGAAAGAGAGGAUGCCCCUGGCAACCUCCACAGACCAUGGAAAAGAUCUGCCUACCGUUCAGCUGCUUAUCAAGAAGAACCAGACAUUACAUAAGGAGAUCCAGGGCCACCAGCCUCGCAUUGAUGACAUCCACAGACGAGGAAAGACUCAGAGCCAGGUCGAUGGUGAGAGACAGUCUGUCCUAGAGGAGCGUCUCGUUGAGCUGAAGGACCUUUGGGACCAACUGAUUGGCGAGACAGACAAUCGUCGUGCACGUUUAAUAGAGGCCAAUCGCGCCCAGCAGUUCUAUGCUGAUGCAGCGGAGGCCGAAGCCUGGAUGGGCGAACAAGAGCUACACAUGAUGUCAGAAGAAAAGGCCAAGGACGAGCAAAGCGCACUAGUGAUGGUCAAGAAGCACCAGAUCGUGGAACAGGCACUCGAAGACUACGCCCAAACCAUUCACCAGCUAGCCAAUAGCAGCCGUCUCAUGGUCACCAGUGAACACCCAGAGAGUGAGAGAAUCACCUUACGGCAAGCCCAAGUGGACAAGCUGUAUGCCGGGUUGAAAGACCUCGCUGAGGAGCGUCGUGGGCGGCUUCAGGAGAGACUGCGGCUGACCCAGCUGAAGCGGGAGGUGGAUGACCUAGAACAGUGGAUUGCUGAGAGGGAGGUGGUUGCCGGCUCCCAUGAACUAGGACAGGACUAUGAACAUGUCACAAUGCUGAGGGACAAGUUCCGGGAGUUUGCUCGUGACACCAGCACUAUUGGCCAAGAGCGAGUAGAUGGUGUAAAUGGGUUGGCAGAUGACUUGAUUGAGUCGGGUCAUCCUGAGAAUGCCAGCGUGGCUGAGUGGAAGGAUGGGUUAAAUGAGGCCUGGGCAGAUCUGCUGGAGCUGAUUGACACACGCACACAAAUGUUGGCUGCCUCCUAUGAGUUGCACCGCUUCCAUCAGGAUGCCAUGGAGGUGCUCGGACGUGUUAAGGAAAAGCAUGAGGCACUGCCUUCUGACCUUGGCCGUGACCUGAACACUGUCCAGCAUCUACACAGGCAGCACAACACUUUUGAACAUGACAUCCAGGCCCUCAGUGGACAGGUGAACCAGGUGCAAGAGGAUGCAGCACGGCUGCAGAAGGCUUAUGCUGGAGAGAAAGCUGAUGAAAUUCACAGGAGUGAAAAUGCUGUGACUUCUGCCUGGGAGGGCUUGCUCGAGACUGGUCAGGCCCGCAGGCUCCUCCUGCUGGACACGGUGGAGAAGUUCCGCUUCUUCAACAUGGUGCGAGACCUCAUGCUAUGGAUGGAUGGUGUCAACCUGCAAAUUGACGCACAUGACAGUCCAAGGGAUGUAUCAUCUGCAGGGCUGGUCAUUGCCAAUCAUCAGGACAUCAAGUCAGAGAUUGAGACCAGGGCCGACAGCUUUACUGCCUGUACUGAGAUGGGAAAUACUCUCAUUAACAACAAUCACUAUGCAGCUGAUGAGAUUCGGGAGAAACUGGUUCAGCUCCAGGAAAAGAGAGACAGGAUCAACAAAAACUGGCUAGACAAGAUGGACCAUCUACAAAUUGUGCUGGAGGUGCUGCAGUUUGGACGGGAUGCCUGUGUGGCGGAGUCUUGGUUGGCAGGUCAAGAACCUCUGGUGCGAGCAGCAGAGCUGGGCACAAAUGUGGACGAGGUCGAGAGCCUAAUUAAGCGUCACGAGGCCUUUGAAAAACUUGCUGCAGCCUGGGAAGAUCGCUUUGUCCUUCUGGAGAAACUCACUACACUUGAGGAGCAGGAGAUCCAGAGGAGGCGAGAGGAAGAGGAGAGGGCUCGCCGACCCCCCACACCACCCCCAGUUGAAGAAGUGGCACAAUCUGAGGCAGAAAGUCAUGCACAUGAUUCUGCAGCCAGAACCAGUCUGGACCAGACCACCCUCAAUCAGACUGUGUCAGUGAAUGGAGUACAUAGUGAUAAUGACACAUCUCAGCAGUCAGUAUCGCUAUCGUUGUCAGUGGGAAAGAAAUCAGAACCUAAACGUGUGUGUAAGCCAAAGCAGCCGGAGCGUGGCUCAGAGUCGGAGUCGGUGAACGGGCCAGGUAGGGACAGUGGGCUGGCAUCUUCUCGCCUCGAGCCGUCUGCAACGUUACCAAGCAGGGGUGGAGCAGAGUCAGACCCAGACACCAUGGAGGGGAUGCUCUGUCGAAAACAGGAGAUGGAGUCCCACAGCAAAAAGGCAGCUACCAGGUCUUGGCAGAACGUGUACUGUGUCUUAAGAAAAGGAAGUCUGGGUUUCUAUAAAGAUGGCAAGAGUGCCAGCAACGGAAUUCCAUAUCAUGGAGAGGUACCCAUCAGCCUCGGCGAGGCUGUGUGUGAGGUAGCAAACGGCUAUAAGAAGAGGAAACAUGUAUUCAAGCUCAGGCUAGGGGAUGGGAAAGAGUACCUGUUCCAAGCCAAGGAUGAGUCGGAAAUGAGCUCCUGGAUCCGCUCCAUCCUCAGUUCCAUUCCAACAGGAUCAGGAGACUCACCCGGAGUUCCGCGGGCCCUCAGCCGCGCCAUGACGAUGCCCCCCAUCUCCCCCAGCUCAGGUGAAGCUGGAGGCGUCACCAUGCGCAACAGAGAGGGGAAAGACAAGGAUCGAGAGAAGAGGUUCAGCUUCUUUGGCAAGAAGAAAUAGAACACUUGUAAAAUCAGUGAUGGAAACUAGAUUUGUCAAAUUUCAACACAGUGACGCAGGCAGAAUGAAAAGUACAAACAGGUCAACCUAACACACUGCUUUCAGCGCAGGCCCCAAGGAAUUUGUCGACAGCUACUGUACGUGGCACACAGUGAACUUUGUUUCUUUUCUUUCUCUCCCUCGCCAGUUUUAUCUGUCAUUUAUUUUUUCGUUCACCCAGUUUUUAUUUCACAUUUAUCUGCACCCAACAAUGAAAGCCCUCAUCCAAAGGCAGUUUCAGCCAACCAGCAGAGCUCGGUGUGAGUCAGUAACAGGUCUGGUUGUCGUUAGCAGGGAUCCAGGCCCAGUUCACUUCCAAUCUCCUCUUCAGCAUGAAUAUUUUCAUUUCUGUGAGUCUCGACUAGCAGAGUCAUUUUAAUGCUGUGCCACUAAUAAAACACUGGAUGGUGGCUUUCCACUGUGGUGCACUCUGGUUUUAUUCCCCUCACUCUUAAGUGCUCUCUCUUUGGGAAGGAUCACAUCAGUCUUUUUUUUCUGUUCUCGGUAUUGAUGUUAUUAACCUGACCAAUAUUAUUGCUAUUAUUAUUAUUAUUAUUAUUUAUCUUUUGCUGUUGCUGGUUUGAGAAAACUAAUUUGACAGUAGAUGAUCUUGAUUCAUGUUGUGGAGAGAAAUAAAUUUAGUUUUUCACUAGUGGAGAAUGUUGGGCUUGCCCUUGUAUGUAUUUCUUUUAUGACAGUUAUUGAGGUGUUUUGAGAAAAAAUAAAACUCUUUCAAUUUUAGCAGCGUGGCGUAAGUGAUCACACGUUUCAUUGGGAAAUGAUAUAUAAAUAUAUAUAUAUUUAAUAAGUGGUUUUAUUUUUUAUUUUAUCUAUAAUUUUGCCUGUAUUUGAUUAUUUCUUUUGAGUGAUCUUUUCUGCUUGAUUUUCAACCUUUUUUUUCUGUACAAAGCAGAUAAGAUUAGUUUUCUAGUGUGUGUGUGUGUGUGUGUGUGCGCGUGUGAGUUGUGGUGCUGUGGAUUUUGCACGUUUAUGUUAUUCCUAAUUAAACGUGGCCAGACUGAUGCUGCUUUUCGGUACGAAAAAUGUAGACAAAAGCCAGACAAACUCAAACUCACAAUAUUACUGGAAUUAUUUCAUCAAAAUGCCUUUUCUUUUUCUUUUGUUUUUUUUAGCUUUUUAUUAUAUGUAAGAAGAAAUUACCAAUGAAGUUCCUCAAGAUGGUUUCAUUAUUUCUGUUUCUCUCAAUAUCUAUUUCUGUUCUCUCUCCAUCUGCUGUUGUGAAGGCACGGGGCAGUGUGUAGAUAAAAAGCUGAUGCACAUGUGAGCAGGACAGCUGACAGGUCUUAUUGCAGGUGAAAUGAGGGGCGUGGAAGUGAUAGGCAGUGACGAAUAUGGUUUGUGUGCUACUUGACAGAGAGGUGUAGUGAGCCUUACUUGAACCCACUACAGAUACACUGAACCCUUUUUUUUACAAACCCACCUCCCAUUCAAACAGUCUUAAAGAAAGCUUUCUUAGUACAAAUGAUAAGAAUGUUAAACAUGUGCCCUGUGGCAAUGAUCUAAUGUAUGUCAGUGGAUUGUAUAUGCAGGUAAGAUAUGAAUCAACAGGGAGAAGCCCUGAAUUCUCUCUGAAACGAGCUUUGCGCUCUUGCAUAUGUGGCAUGACUUCGUGUAAGUUUAUACUCGUAUGUGUCUCAUCUGUUCUCUUCUGUGUUGGUGUAAUCACUUCAUAUUCAGGGUUGAGAGCAACCAAUUAUCUGUAAUUGGCAUUUACAUUCAUCCAAGAUAUAAAGGCAAUCUAACAAAGAUCCAUGUUUAGUCUCCUCAAAUACUGAACAUAAUUGAUAGGAAAGAUGCAUUUACAGUAUAUUGUGAAACUAGACAGUAGCUCAAUUACACAGACACAUCUAGAGACCAUUGGAGGGGUCGGUAACUGUUUAGUCGAGUCAGUCACUUAAAUCCAAGUGUUAAUUUGCCUUUUGUACCUGCCAAAAAGCAAAAAGACGAUUUUUAAAAAAAAUCUUCAGUAGGUUGCAUUUUUGGCAGUUAAAUAAUAAUUUGACAUGUCUUAGAUGUUGAAAGUAACUCUUAAAAGCUGGUACCUGCCUGGAUGCGUCACAGGCCUUGCAGGGCUGAUGAGUUCACAGGAAUGUCACACCAAAGUGUUGUGAUAACACACACAGGGAGAAGUAAACUUGCAUUUGGUUGCAGUUUAAGCUGGUCGGCCUUAUUUUUCCAGUUCCUAACGAAUGUGCAAACGUUGUUCAAAUCCGACACCCAACAUCCACUUUGAGACGAUUAGUGAUCAGGGUUAAUUUGACACCACCUAACACUGCCUUGUCUCUGUCAGUGGGACUUAGCAUCCUGGGUGCGUGACAGAGCUCCCUAUAGAUACAGUCCACUUUAAGUAACCUCAAACUAAAAGUUCAACCGGUCAACGAGGUCAUUGCAUACACGAGUGAGCCGACGCAGUUUAGCACAUUGUGCACAAUUUCCUAUGAAUCAUUCUCCCCCAGUGGACGAGCUGGUUGUAGUGAACACUGCUCUGCACAUCCUCCAUUCGCUGUUAUAGGGAGUUCAAGUUCAUAGCUCACACAGUGUGUUUUCUUAUCAGCUCAUUUGAAUGUGUGAAGAUUCAAAUAAGUUUUGGGCCAAAUUGGUCACGUGAAGCAAAAAUGUUCUUGACACACUGCACGAGCUCUCUCUCUCUUUCACAUACACAUUGAUACUGUACUGUAUAUUCAAUGCAGAAUGACCUUGGCGAUCCAGUCUUGUGGGAAUGUCCUCAGCUGGCUGAUUCGAUGUUGCAUAUGGCACCCUUUUAAAAAAAAGUAACACUGUGCUACUGGUGAGCUUCGAGCAGAACAUGGGACGUGUGUAUUAUUGAUGUCAAAGAGAUGAGUCUUUGGUUAUGAGAGAACUUGUCACAACGGAGAACUUCAUGAAGAAAGAAUUACAACUUUUACUUGUUGAGUAUUAGAUAUGAGUGAAAACAGACUGGUGAUAAUUUUAGCUUCCUUUUUUUUUAGAAGAAGGCAGGAUCUUUGCUGUCUAGUGGGAGCUUGUAUUUUUUCCUCCAGUAGUCUGUCUUGCAGCAUUUGAUAAGCCUGUUCGACAACCUUCAUUUCUGAUUUACUUUUGACGAAUGUCUGUUCCUCCCUCUGUAAUUCAGAGCUGUUAAUACCACUACUAUUAUUAAUUGCUAUUAUUAUCAUUAUUGCUACUGUUGUUACUGUUACUACUACUGUUACUAAUGCAACUUAUUGCAAAAAGUAUAACUGCUGUCCAUUUUCAGGUACGUGUCUGUAAUACCAGACCCUUCCACACGAUGUCAGUGUGCUGUGGAGCAUUUUCAUUACGAAUCGAAAAUAAUGUUUGUUGACUUGUGUAUCUACAUCUAAUAUUAGGAAUAAUAAAACAUGGUUUAAUGAAAAA